GAACAAGUAUGUCGGGUCCGUGGGAGCCGAGCGCGUCGCUGCGGCAGGACGUCGACAAGAACCUCGUGCGCGUCCGGAGCAACCUCGAGGCGCAUGCAGUUGCUAUCCGCUGGGGCCUCGCCGCCGCCAUGGCGGGCGUCGCUUGUCUUCGCGUCCGGUCGAGCCCUGCGUGGGCGCGUUAUGCGAGUAUUGAGGCGUUUCCGCUCUACAAGUCGGUGGUUGUUCGCGUCGUCGGUCCGCCAAGCGCGACGACACCGCCCGAGCUCCGCGUUGUCCAGUACCCGUUCCUGCGGCGUCUCUUGGGACGACCGAGAGACCUCCUCAGCUGCCCCCACGACACGGACGUGCUGACGAUCCGACCCUUUGGCGUCCCCCUGCAGCGCAACCCGCGCCUGCUCGACAAGCUCAUUGCAGACCAAGGAUUCCUUACAAUCGAAAUGACGCUGCAGUACCAAGCGCCCGGUGGGCCGACGCGCCGCCGAGGCACGACGGUCGGCCUCUGCACCAUCGACCUGCCGCAGACGUCGUCGCAAUCCAAGGUCGUCUUGAGCGGGUUUUGCCACUUUGAGCUCGAGGCCAGCCACACCAUCCGCCCGUCGUCCCCAAAUAGAGUCGCUACGCCGACCGACAACCACUCCCGGCGCCAAGAACGAUCCGCGGAAGUGGCGCCACCCGUGCUAUAAACUGUGUAAUACGUUAGUUCCGACUCGUUCGAAAAGACGCGGUUGCUGCUGACGGCGGCCGCACGCUGCUGUGCCGACUUCGUCAUCGUCGCCCGCCUGUUUAUGCCCGUGCACGCUUGCAGGAACGUGCCGCGCUUGCAGGAACGUGCCGCGCUUGCGUGAUCACGUCAAGCAGGUUAUCCUGCUGCGUCAACAGCGAGUCGCAUCCACUCGCCCUGUCUAGCUUGCCAUGAAAUAGAGUGCACGCUCACACCAUUUCCGUUUCUCAACGCGCUCGAGGCUGCAGGCUCCUGCAGGGCCUGUGUCGACAGUGGAAGACGCAUGGCUGCGUCGCCUGCAAAGUCGAGUUGUCGAGGCCGCGCACGCCUGCGACGCUGAAUGACGCGUCGUCAGACCACGGUGUGUGCGGUGUCGCUUCGGACCGUCAACGCCACGAUUGCUAUUGCGCUCAUUGCGACCGCUCAUUGGUCUGCGUAGCAUCGGCGUCGGCGUCGGACAAUAAUGUCGUCGACUGCGCUUGUCGCUGUCGUGUCGUCGUCAUGACGCACUCCGCGCGACGCAUGACGUCACGGUGCCGUCGCCGCGGUCGGCCGUCUUGUACUCGGCAUCGACUACUAACGUGCAGCCAUGAUAGGCCAUCGUCGCUAAACAAGCAUUGCUACGAUGUCUUGAAGCUUGCUUUGCACGCCCAGUGCCUCUUCUUCCUUCUCAGAUCGCGAGAUCUUAGUCGACGUCCACGGCGCGCUUCUCGACCCGAAAUCGUGUACGGAUUAUGUCAUGGAAAUAGUGUACGU